AUGUUCUAGGACUCAGUGUUCUUUGAGGAUGUGGCUGUGAAUUUUACCCAGGAGGAGUGGGCCUUGCUGGAUCCUUCCCAAAAGGAGCUCUACAGAGAUGUGAUGCAGGAAACCUUCAUUAACUUGGCUUCUAUAGAGGAAAGUUGGGAUGACCACAGCAUUGAAGAUAAUCACAAAAACCAGGGAAAAAACCUAAGACACAUGAAAUCUCAUAAUGGAUGCCAACCUUAUGAGUGCCACAAAUAUGGAGAGAAGUUAUAUGAAUGUAAAGAAUGUGGGAAAACAUUCAGUUUUCGAAGUUCAUUUCGAAUACAUGAAAGAACUCACACUGGAGAGAAGCCCUAUAAAUGUAAGGAAUGUGGGAAAGCUUUCAGUUGGCCCAGUUCCUAUCAGAUACAUGAAAGGACUCACACUGGAGAGAAACCAUAUGAAUGUAAGGAGUGUGGCAAAGCCUUCAUUUAUCACACAACUUUUCGAGGACACAUGAGGAUGCACACAGGAGAGAAACCAUAUAAAUGUAAAGAAUGUGGGAAGACUUUUAGUCAUCCAAGUUCAUUUCGAAACCAUGAAAGAACUCACUCUGGAGAGAAACCCUAUGAAUGUAAACAAUGUGGAAAAGCCUUUAGGUAUUACCAAACUUUUCAAAUACAUGAAAGAACUCACACUGGAGAGAAACCCUAUCAGUGUAAGCAAUGUGGUAAGGCUCUUACCUUUGAUUGUCCCAGUUCAUUUCAAAUUCAUGAGAGAACUCACACUGGAGAGAAGCCCUAUGAAUGUAAGCAAUGUGGAAAAGCCUUCAGUUGCUCCAGUUCUUUUAGAAUGCAUGAAAGAACUCACACUGGUGAAAAACCUCAUGAAUGUAAGCAAUGCGGGAAGGCCUUCAGUUGUUCAAGUUCUGUUCGAAUCCAUGAAAGAACUCACACUGGAGAGAAGCCCUAUGAGUGUAAACAGUGUGGCAAAGCCUUCAGUUGUUCUAGCUCUUUUCGAAUGCAUGAAAGAAUUCACACUGGAGAGAAACCCUAUGAAUGUAAACAGUGUGGGAAAGCCUUCAGUUUUUCUAGUUCCUUUCGAAUGCAUGAAAGAACACACACUGGAGAGAAACCUUAUGAAUGUAAGCAGUGUGGGAAAGCCUUCAGUUGUUCUAGUUCCUUUCGAAUGCAUGAAAGGACCCACACUGGAGAGAAACCCUAUGAAUGUAAACAGUGUGGGAAAGCCUUUAGUUGUUCUAGUUCUAUUCGGAUACAUGAAAGGACUCACACUGGAGAGAAGCCCUAUGAAUGUAAGCAGUGUGGGAAGGCCUUUAGCUGUUCCAGUUCUGUUCGAAUGCAUGAAAGGACUCAUACAGGAGUGAAACCCUAUGAAUGUCAGCAAUGUCAUAAAGCCUUCAGUUGCUCUCGUUCAUUUCGAAUCCAUGAAAGAACUCAUACUGGGGAGAAACCCUAUGAAUGUCAACAAUGUGGUAAAGCAUUCAAGUGUUCCCGUUCCUUUCGAAUACAUGGAAGAACUCAUAAUGGACAAUAACCAUUUGAAUAUAAAAAAAAUGUAAAGCUUUCUGAUGUCUCAUUGCUCUUUGAAGAUAGGGCAGGACUUUUACUGUAAAGAAACCCUGUGAAUAUAAAAUAUGGGAGGGCCUGCAAAGGUAGCUCAGCACUAGAGGCCUUGACUAGUGUGCAUACAGUCCCUGGUUUAUUCUUUCAC